GGGGGGAUUAGUGGUUUUGGACUGCUUUGGAGCACCUCGGCCACCGGGAGCACUGUUGCCCACACGGUGCGCAUCCUGGCGUCCCUGGAUACCACCGACGCGCACUGCCUGUUCCCCCACCGAUGAUCAGGGGCGACUGUUUGUUGGACAUAUUGGCUCUACAGCCAGUUUGCUCCCGCUAUGUCGACGAUGAUGGCCGUGUUUAUGGUAAUGAAACGGCAUGGAGUAGAGCAGGGUGGAUUCAUUGAGCACCAUGAAUGACAGGUACCACAAGGCGGCACGGGACGGCUACCUGGACCUGCUGAAGGAGGCGACGCGGAAGGAUCUGAACGCACCUGAUGAAGAUGGCAUGACACCGACGUUAUGGGGCGCUUAUCACGGCAACCUGGAGGCUCUGCGGCUGAUCGUGGCGAGGGGAGGAGACCCUGACAAGUGUGACAUAUGGGGGAACACACCACUCCACCUGGCAGCUGCCAAUGGUCACCACAACUGCCUUUUCUUCCUUGUGUCUUUCGGUGCCAACAUAUGGUGCCUGGACAACGACUACCACACACCUUUGGACAUGGCUGCCACAAAGAACCACAUGGAUUGCGUCCGCUACCUGGAUUCUGUUGCCGUCAAGCAGACAGGCCUCAAUACCAAGCUGGUCAGCAAACUGAAGGACCGGGCAUUUCGCGAGGCUGAGCGGCGAAUCAAAGAGUGCGUGAAGAUGCAGAAGAAACACCACAAACGAAUGGAGCGGAAGUUUCAUAAGGACACUUCUGAAGCUUCUGCGUCAGACGCCAUGAGCUUUUCCAGUUACACCAGCAGCUCUAUGAGCCACAAGCUGCGCAACUUUAAUGCUGCCACCGUCAGUGUGCCAUAUUCCCAGGCUACUCUCCAUGCCACAAACCGAGGGAAGACAAAGAUUCAGAAGAAGCUGGAAAAAAGGAAACAAGGAGAUGGGACUUUUAAAAUCUACGAGGAUGGGAGGAAGAGUGUGCGCUCCCUCUCCGGACUUCAGCUGAGCAACGACGUCAUGUUCCUCAAACAGGGGACUUAUGUCAACCCGAAGGACCGUGGCCGCCGCAACGUUCGCGACAUGUUCCCCAGAGACAAUUAUGAUGCCAUAUCACGUGCCAUGAGUGAGCCUGACCUUCAUGGGCCUGACGUGGACUACUCUGAGAUCAGCACUGACUCAGGUCAUGAUUCACUUUUCAACCGCCCCGGUUUGGGCACCAUGGUUUUCAGGAGGAACUAUGUGAGUGGAGGGAUGUUUGACCUCGGCAGUCGGGAUGAAGCCGCAGAAAACCGCUCUGGCAAUAACGUGCGAUUGCGCAGUCGGUUGCAGCCGUACCCAAAUCUCGAUGAAGACAGCAUUGGAAGUGCACGUAGCCUGCAGGAGAGGAAUAUGGAGGAGCUGCCGUGGGAAGAUAUCGAAUUAGGGCUGGACGAUGAUGAUGAGGCUGACACUAGCCCUUUGGAGGUCUUCCUUGCUGCACAGAGCAUGAAUGAGUUUUACUCUAUCUUCAAGAGAGAGAAGAUCGACCUGGAAGCACUGCUGCUGUGCUCUGAUCAUGACCUAAAGAGCAUCCACAUCCCCUUAGGACCACGAAAAAAGAUCUUAGAUGCGUGUAAAACACGACUUGAGACCAUAGAGGACCCAGACAGUAUAGAGGACACUGAGCUGUGAGUGAUAGUUGUUGCAGACAGUCCUCCUGCUGUGUGCUCACCCAGCCUUUAAGGUCAGUGCAUCAUUGUGGAGUGAAUGUCACGUACGGACAGAAAGGACACGAUGAUUUACCUCUCCUGGUACCUCAGUGGUAACAAAGCAGAAAGGAGAAUGUCAGGAUGAGUAUGUAGAGCAAGAAGCAAUGAGCGUGACAUGAAUUCUUAACAGGAUUCUUUUAAAGUGUCCUGUAGGCCUCAUGAGGAUCACUACAGAUAGCUCUGUACACUGGUUUGUUGGAGUUCCCUGCACUGCAUGGUUUAACAAACUGAGAGACAAUCAGUGCAGUCGUGUGUGAUGUCAUUGUAUGCCAUGUGGCAUAGUUAACAGAGACGUAAGUGUAGGGUCUGUGUCCCCUAAAUGUGUUUGCCCCUGUGGGGUACAUCCUAUGACUUCAUGUGCCUGCAUUACAUGUGCCUGUACAUUUGCUUAAGUGUCCUUUGUCAUAAAAACCUUUGACAGUAACCUCAUCCUGACUUUAAUAUUAAAGUGUUUAAGUUACAGCAUUUGAGUAACAGUGUCAUCCAGAGCCACUUAAAUAUGUCCUUGCUCAUAUUGCAUGUUUGUUAAUGUUUACAUUCUGCAAGCCAUGUCAGUUUUUCAUUGAGAUUACUGUAGUGAGGUUAACUAUGUUGAAACACAGUAUCUUUAUUCGAUUUUGUAUUGCACACACUAACACUUUUGUGUAUUUGUCCUUACAACAGGAAAUGCAGUAGGGAAGCAUGGUAUGAGUUUUUUUAAGCCGCUUACCAAUGACCAAUAGGACCCUGCUCCUGAUGGCCGAGACUGAUGAGUUCUAAUUUUUAUUUUUUUAUUUUAAUAUAUAGAUAAAUGUUAUGUUUAGUUUAUGUAAACCUGAGGGAAAGAAAGACUAAAAUUCAGUAAAUAUAUACUACCAGUCAAAAGUUUGGAAACACCUUCUCAUUCAAGGUUUAUUUUUAUUUUAAUUAUUUGAAACACUGUAGAUUAAUACCAAAGACAUCACGGCUAUGAAAGAGCAUAUAUGGAAUUAUUUAAUUAACAACAAAUUGUCAAACAAACCAGAAUAUGUUUUAUAUUUUAGAUUCUGUAAUGUAGCCCCCUUUUUUUUCAUGAAAGCUUUGCACACUCUUGGUAUUCUCUCAGUCUGCUUCAUGAAGUAGUCUCCUGGAAUGGUUUCUAAUUAACAUGAGCCUUGUCAAGAGUUCAUUUGUAGAAUGACUUUCCUUCUUAAUGUGUUUGAGACCAUCAAUUGUGUUUUUCAGAAGUAGGGUAAGUACACAAUGAUCACCCUAUUUGACUACUGUUGUAAUCCAUAUUAUGGCAAAACCAGAUUAUUUCAUAGUUUUGAUGUCUUCAGUAUUAAUCUACUAUGUCGAAAAUAAUUAAAAUAAAUAAAAAAACAUUGAAUGAGAAGGUGUGUCCACACUUUUGACUGGUAGUGUAUGUACACUAAUAUUCUUUACUAACUAAUUCUUGCUCAAAUCACUUGUUAACACUUGAAAAAUUACACUUUUCAAUCUUUAUCAAUCAAUCUUUAUUUAUAUAGCGCCAAAUCACAACAAACGUUAUCUCAAGACGCUUUACAAACAGAGCAGGUCUAGCAAGAUAACAUCCAGUCCCAUUUUACAGACAGGACUCAUCUGCCUUGACCGAGUAGGGGUGGGAAAGAGGAAUAAAGGAGAUGAAGAGACAGAGAGAGAGAGAGAGAGAGAGAGAGAUAUGAUAGUGGUGAGACGCACAGUAGUAGUGGUAGCUGCGGAAGUCUGGAACGUCCACAGCAGCAGGCCGUCUGUGACAACGACUCAGAGGAACCUAUGAGACAAUGGAGCUCAGGCACUCCAGAAAGGUCUAUGGUUAGUAACUUUAAUGGGACAGGGAGGGUUAAAGUAAGUGAUAGGCAGAGAAAGCGGAGAGAAAAGAUCCCAGUGUGUCAGUUCCCCUGGCAGUCUGCCCAUAGCAGCAUAACUUGAGCUGGCCACUUUUAACUCUUCAACUGACUUUUCUCUGUUUCUUUGAACUGGAGCACUCCUGUGCAUACACUAAUAUAUUUUUCAUGUUAAAGUCUUCAUCUAGCCACUGGGCCGUCAAGCUAAGCAGUGAGCAUCAUUGGAAUAACAUCAGAAGUCCAUAUAUCUGUGGUAAAACGUAUGUCACUGACACAGAGUCUAAGUCGUGUAGAGAUCACAUCAUAUCGGGCAGGUAGGGAAGCGUCUUCAAAGCAGUUGUUGCUUGGGAAACUAUACUGAGGUUCCAACUAUGUCAUUAGCUUGGGAAACCCUUGUCUUCUACCUCAGGAAAAAUUGUGUCAUCAAGUGCUGCAAAUUCAGUGAUUGUGUCAUUGAUUGCUUUAUCUUUGGGUUGUCUCUGGUAAUCUUUCUGCGAUUCUUAAAUGUCAAUCAGCACAACAGACGUUUUUUGGUGCUAUUGCUAGCUGUGGCUACUAAUGCUUAAUAUUAUUCAUGACUUUUCAGGGGACUUAAAAAAUGUGUUAAAUCUUGAGCACUUCUUUCCUCCUCUCAAAAUACUUGUGGCACAGGUUCUGCAAGUUUACAAUUGAGUUAUUUUCCUCUAAAACACUAGGAAAACACCCACUAUUAUCUUGUUGGCUAUUUAUUGGCUGUACCUGUUCUUUUCUAUUUCAUGUAAUGGCAGAUUGCAUGCCAAUACAUCUAUGUCAGAAUGUGUAGGAAUGUUAAUCAGUAAGUAAAAGCACAUUUAGCUGUUAUUUUUAAUGGACCAAUAAUUUACCUGACUUUUACAGUAUGUAUCUUAAAUCCUCAGUGUAAACAUUUGUUUACAAGUCUUGACCUUAUGUUUCUUUGUAUCUUGAGUAGUUACUCACCAGGAGAGUACGCUUCUGUCACGUUUCUAACAUUGUAGGUGGAAUAAAUAAAAAUACUACUGUUUUUAAUGCUGUUAA